AUGAUGUCAGAACAGGAUUUGGCAGAUGUCGUUCAGAUUGCUGUGGAAGACUUGACUCCAGAUAACCCAGUUGUGUUGGAGAAUCAUGAAGUGACAGAUGAUGAUGUAGAGCCUGCUCUGAAACGUCAGCGUAUAGAAAUUAACUGCCAGGAUCCCUCUAUUAAGUCAUUCCUGUAUUCCAUUAAUCAGACGAUAUGCCUGCGGUUGGAUAGCAUUGAGGCAAAGUUGCUGGCACUAGAGGCUACCUGUAAAUCACUGGAAGAGAAGUUGGAUCUCGUCAUGAACAAACAGCACAGCCCCAUCCAAGUCCCCAUGGUGGCAGGUUCUCCUCUUGGCGCUACGCAGACGUGCAAUAAAGUGCGAUGUGUUGUUCCUCAGACCACAGUAAUUCUGAACAACGACCGGCAGAAUUCAAUCGUAGCCAAGAUGGUUGGGCAGGAAGAGCCGUUGAGCAGAGCAGCGGAUUCUCUGGAGAACAUCCUUAGCAAUGCUGUUCCUGGACGCAGGCAGAACACCAUAGUGGUGAAAGUGCCAGGGCACGAUGACAGUCACAAUGAAGAUGGAGAGAGCGGCUCUGAGGCCAGUGACUCCGUUUCCAACAGUGGACAAUUAGGAAGCCAAAGUAUUGGGAACAAUGUCACGCUUAUUACGCUGAACUCUGAAGAGGAUUACCCCAAUGGGACGUGGCUCGGAGAUGAAAAUAAUCCUGAGAUGCGGGUCCGUUGCCCCAUCACCCCUGCUGACAUGCUGCACAUCAGCACAAACUGCCGCACGGCCGAGAAGAUGGCACUGACAUUGCUCGAUUAUCUCUUCCACCGGGAAAUUCAGGCCAUCUCCAACCUUUCGGGCCAGGGGAAGCACGGGAAGAAGCAACUUGAUCCUCUCAUGAUUUAUGGAAUUCGCU